UGAAAGUGCCUUCUUCUCUAUUUCAUACCCUCUCCUUACUUUUCAAUAAUUUCAAAUCUCGUGAGAAGUAUAGCAAAAUGGCACGUUCAGCUCUUCUUAUAGGAAAUAUCACCCACGCUCGUAAGGAGUGGGAGGAACUCAGCUCUUUGGUCGAGUUGAAGGAGUACAAGACCGGCUCAAGAGAUGACUUCCUUUCCAAGCUGAAGUCUGGAGAUUUCGACGAUACCUUUGUCGUAUACCGUAGCAAUGAAUCGACAGGAGUCACAGGCCCCUUUGACAAAGAGUUGGUUGACUCCCUCCCCUCGAGCGUCAAGUACGUUACCCACAAUGGUGCCGGAUACGACAACAUCGAUGUCAAGGCCUGUACCGCACGCGGUAUUCAGAUCUCGAGCACACCUAUCGCCGUCAACGAUGCUACCGCCGAUAUCGCAAUCUUCCUCAUGCUGGGUGCACUGAGACGCAUUACGAUUCCCUUCAACGCUGUCCGCAAAGGCGAGUGGCGCGGCAAGGCAUUCGGCCUUGGCCACGACCCGAAAAACAAGGUCCUUGGUAUCCUGGGUAUGGGAGGCAUUGGAAGAGCUGUGGCCGAGAGAGCCACUGCUUUCGGCAUGAAGAUUCAGUACCACAACCGCAACCCACUUCCCGCCGACAAGGCUGGCAAUGCCAAGUACGUCUCCUUCGAUGACUUGAUGAAGACAUCAGAUGUUCUGAGUCUUAACCUGGCUCUGAAUCCUUCGACCACACACAUUAUCUCUACUGCACAAUUCGAUAUGAUGAAGGAUGGUGUCGUCAUUGUCAACACGGCCAGAGGACCCAUCAUCGACGAAGCAGCGCUCGUCAAGGCUAUUCAGAGCCAAAAGGUCUUCUCAGCCGGCUUGGACGUCUUUGAAGAGGAGCCUAAGAUUCACCCUGAGCUCAUCAGCGACGACCGUGUUGUUUUGCUGCCUCACAUCGGCACAGCAACUUGGGAGACGCAGAAGGAUAUGGAGUUGUUGGUUUUGGAGAAUUUGAGAUCGGCCGUCGAAAAGGGCGAGCUGGUGACCUUGAUACCCGAGCAGUCCAAAUAGAUGCUCAUCCGAAGUGAUUAGUUAUGUGCACAUAGAUCCAAAUGUUAACACGCUUUCCUAU